UAUUGACUUAAGUCCGAGUGAUUCAGAUCUUCAUCAGGGUCGCCCCUGACAGCUGUGUGGUGGGAGGGCGGGACCGCCUCCUCCCGGCUGGGGCACCAGCGGGUCAGGCCCGGGAGAAGCCCCCCUCUGUUCCUGAUGUGACGCCCACGCUGGCUGGGGGCCCUGAGCAUGGCCGACACCAUCUUCGGCAGCGGCAGCCACCAGUGGGUCUGCCCCAAUGACCGGCAGCUCGCCCUGCGAGCCAAGCUGCACACAGGCUGGUCUGUGCACACCUACCAGACCGAGAAGCAGAGGAAGAGCCAGGGCCUCAGCCCGGACGAGGUGGAGGCCAUCCUGCAGGUCAUCCAGAGGGCCGAGCGGCUGGACGUCCAGGAGCAGCAGAGGAUCGGAAAGUCUGCACCAAGUGUGGGAUCGAGGCCUGCCCUGGCCAGAAGCGGCCCCUGUGGCUGUGUAAGAUCUGCAGUGAGCAGAGAGAGUGGUUUCCAGCGACAGCGACAGCGACUCGGACCUCAGCUCCUCCAGCCUGGAGGACAGACUCCCGCCCCCUGGGCUCGGGGACCCGAAAGGCGGCAGAUCCAGGGGGGACUCAGGUGGCAGCGUGGAGUCCCCCAAGAUGGAGCUCACCCACCCACCCAGCCACCUGUCGGGGAGCCAGAGCAGCCUGGCCAGCGAGGCCGGGACCGGCUCUGCAGACCCACAGAAGGGCACCCCACCCUGGCCGGACCCAAAGGGCUCCAGCAAAAGGCACACCCGGGCGAGUCCCCGCUGCUGAUGUGGCCGAGGAGCCCUCCGCCUGCCCUGGGCAGAGGCCUGCGGGGCGCACGGGGCAGGCUUUCCAGUGGGAAGAGUGAGAGAGAGCGCGCACCCACAUGCUGGAGCCAGACCUGCCGGCUCCUUCCUGACCAGCCCCGGAGGCCGCACAUCCCCUGUCCAGCGUGACCUCUGACUCAUCAGACCAGUGUUUGGGGGCUGAGUCUGCUUCUCCCACUCAGUGCCUUUCUGCCCCUUUCUUCCGGGAGCCCUCACACACACCCCUCCCCCGCCCCCAGCCAUGUCACUCAGCUGUGACCUUUAUUUAUUGUCCUCCCUCGGCCCCCCCACUCCUACACCCCCCCCCGUGUUUAUUUCAAGUUGGCUCUCCCCUUGGGUUGGGCUGGAUGGGCCGUCACCCCCUGGUGGGGCCCCCACGUGCACUGCAGUUUCAGGGGCACCAGGCUGGCUCCUCCACGUUGUAUUCAUGGGAGAAGCCCAGCCCUGAGCGUUACCCUCCAAAGCUGAGCUUGGCCCCGAGACCAGCCCUGGAGUCCAGAGCAGGAGGGAUGAGAGAGUCCCCACCCUUUCCCUCUGCUGGGGCCCGGGAGGUGGGAGCUGGGACCUGGCUCUGUGGAUUCCUGGAACCCCUCCUCGGCCCCCCUGGUGUUCCCAGCCUCUCCCCGCACCCCCCUGGAGCUGAGAAGGGCUCUGGGGGAGACUGAGAUGUCGCUCACUGAAGAGCUGCCUUCAGCCUCUGCAGCUGGGCCUCAGCUCCCCGAAGCCAUUAAUUCACGUCUCUUCAGUCGGUUCGGUUUGGUGUGAAAAAUACUUAAUUCAAAGCACGGGCAAAUGCUUCUGGAAAACCCUUCCCCGAAGAGAGAGAGAACGUGUGUUUGUGUGCGUGGGUGUUGUCUGUACCCUCCCAUCCUUCCUCUCCCCGCCCCCGCCACGGCCUCCGCCCUCGAAGGGCCCGCUCCCCAGGCCCUCAGGCCCCCACCAUUAGCUUCUUUGCCACGGCUACUGGCAGAUGGUAAAAGAACUCACUGUGUCCCUGUGACUAGCUAUGCUUCAGAAUACAAAUAAAGGUUAGGGUUUGCAUUGAG